AUAAGUGAAGCCGGUGAUAUUUAAAUAAUACUAAUAAUUUGUUAUUUUCUUUAGCAACAUAAUAAUUUUAUGCGUUUUACGAUCCUCUCGCAAAUUUCCAUUCUCAACUCUGUUCUUUUCCGACACCACUCCUCCCUCGUGAUUUUCGCAUCUUUUCGACAUGGCGAGAGGCGUAUCGCAAUCUCAAUCAUCAACGUCCGCUGCCACCACGCGGCCCGGCGUGAUGGCUCCCCGUGGCUCCGCUGCCGCCACCGCCGGGAUGCGCCGUCGCCGUCUCGGAGCCGGGAGCAGCUCCGCUUCCGUCGGAAGCGGUUCCGGCACAGGAGGAAGCAACAUGCUGCGGUUCUACACCGACGACGCUCCCGGCCUCAAGAUCUCGCCGACGGUGGUGCUCGUGAUGAGCCUCUGCUUCAUCGGCUUCGUCACUGCUCUGCACGUGUUCGGUAAGCUCUACCGCUAUCGAUCCAGCGCCGGCGUAUGAUUCCACUUCCAGGACACGGAUCUGGCGAUGACCGGUUUCUGAUCUGGAUCACGAAAUCCGGUUAUUCGAAACCUUCGCUUUUUAAUUUACGCGCUAUUUUUUUAAUUUUGUAAAUCUUCCUAGGGCUUGAUUAGGCUUCCUGUUUCUCUAGCUGUGAAAUGAUCGGAUCUUCUUCUUGCUGAUGAAGGAAGUCGCGUUUCGCCUUUCCGUGAAAAUCAGUCUCUUCAUUCAUUUAUUAUUUUUUUAUCCAUUCCAUUAUUUUGCUUAAAUUUCCAAAAAGAAAAAAAAAACGGUUGCGAUUUUAGCCAUUUCUGUUAUCACUGUAGCUUGAUUGCGUAGAAAAUUUCUGUUAAUUAUUGCUUUACUAGCUCCACAUUUAUUAUAAAAUACUUUUUCGUUAGAAUAGGAGAAUGAUAUAAUUGAACUGUAAUGGUUUACCUUGCAAAUACCAUAUUUGAUUUUAUUAAUAAGGAUUUAUAUGUUGCUCUGGAAAGGUUGUCUCAACACAAUAAAUACAAGUACAGUACCUGAAUGUAUCAUUGUGGUUACACAAUUGAUUGUAGCAAAGUAGUUAUGUUAGAUAAAUUAGCAGCAAGUAUUGCCUUUGUCUUUUGUCUGUAUAUAAGGAAAAGGUAUAAGUCUGUCUAUAUUUGAACCAUGUAAAUUAUCAGUUUCCAGGUUCUUCUUAA